AUGAUGACUGAAGACAGAAAUCAAAGUACUGAAGUCAUAUUCAUCCUUCUAGGAUUCUCUGAUUACCCAGAUCUCCAAGUUCCCCUCUUCCUUCUAUUUCUGGUUAUCUAUGUGGUCACAGUGAUGGGAAAUUUGGGCAUGAUUAUGAUCAUCAAGAUCAACCCUAAACUCCACACCCCCAUGUAUUUUUUCCUUAGUCACUUGUCUUUUGUGGAUUUUUGUUACUCCACUGGAGUUACACCCAAACUCUUAGAAAACCUAAUUGUGGAAGACAGAAAGAUUUCUUUUGGAAGCUGUAUCACACAGUACUUUUUCACAGCUACUAGUGUGUUGGCUGAAGCUUUUUUGUUAGCAGUAAUGGCCUAUGAUCGUUUUGUAGCUAUAUGUAAUCCCCUUUUAUACAUGAUUACUAUGUCCCGGAAACGAUGCAUGGUAUUAGUGACUGGGGCAUAUGUUUGGGGAAUAAGUUCUUCCCUUAUAUUUACCUAUUCUCUUAUUAGAUUAUCUUUUUGUGGGACUAACAUCAUUAAUAAUUUUCUUUGUGAGUAUUCUGUCAUCCUCUCUGCCUCUUGUUCAGAUAGACACAUUAGUGAAAUGAUACUUUUCAUCCUUGCCAAUUUUAAUGUCUUGAGCACCCUCACAACUAUCCUCACAUCAUAUAUUUUAAUUUUUGUCACUAUCUUAAAGAUGCAGUCAGCCAGUGGGAGACACAAAGCCUUCUCCACCUGUGCCUCCCACCUGACUGCCAUCUCCAUCUUUUAUGGGACCCUGCUCUUUCUCUAUUGUGUCCCCAGUUCUAAAAACUCAUGGCUCAUAAUUAAAGUGACUUCUGUAUUUUACACAGUGGUCAUUCCUAUGUUGAAUCCACUAAUAUACAGUCUUAGGAACAAAGAUGUGAAAGAAGCUGUCAGGAAACUAAUGAGCACCAAAAUAUGUUCUUUCUAA